AUCACGGCAGAUAUCCUGUAGUUUGGAUUGCGGAUAGCCAUUUUAGUUACUAACGGGGACAAACGAAUUGCAUCUAAUCUGUCCAACUCAUAUCCGAAACAUCCGGUCCUGUCGUACUUAAAAAUUCCCCAGCAAAGGUAUAAAAAAACACAGGAAAAUGUGGCCUUAGUAGAACAUAGCAUAGGGCUAUAUCCUCUGAGCAGCUUGCGAAGGCCGAAGAAGCUGGAUUCAAUAGCCGUACUGGGAUAAAUCCUAAAUGUAGAACAAGAAGAAGGGAAAUCCUGGAUUACAGACACCAAGAAAGAUGGUUUCGUUUUACAUAGUUGAUUAUACGGAUUGUGUUGAAAAAUGUAACAUUACUAGUCGAAGCAUUCGAACACGGUGCAGUGCCGGAAGAUGUCCCCAACCAAAGCCCGCCUCUUGCAUCAGCACGGAUCCGGUCACCCUCGUCGAUUUCCUCCUCAAUGUGCAGUGUUAUCCACGCUUCCGACUCACCGUAGCCAACAAACUGGUCGAUCAGGAACCAAAGCAGAUUAAACUGAUCCCUCCCGCAAAAGAACACUUGGAUUAUUAUUGGAGUUCACGAGCGGUCAGGAUGCUGUGGGAGUUGAACGAGCUGAACGAAAUGAUGGCCUGGCUGUCGACAUUAGGUGGAGCUUUUUCUGCGCUUGGCGACUAUCAGCUAGCUUGUGCCGACGUUGCGGGUCAGAUAUCGAUGCAUCAGAUGAAGCUAGCCUUUCGACUGGGCGAUCCCUCGUUGGUGGCACGCUGUCGACUUUACCUUGCCAUUUCGCUCAUCCAGAAAUGUGAAUUCAGUGCCGCCAAGCACAUCGUGCAGACGGUCUACCGAAACGAGAAACGGCAAGCGGAACCCGAGAUCCGGCUGCUCAAGAUGUGCCAGGGAAUCUGGGCGAAGCUGCGAUACGAGUACGAUCAGCACGAGCGACAUCAGGGUCGUAAGAAAACGUAGCGCAACCGCAUAGCGGCCGUGUGUGUGUGUGACCUCCUAUCAGUCAAAAAUCGUGAUUCGUUAAUAAAUUCGGCGGACGUCCGGAACGUCCCGUUUCCUAG